UAUUUCCACCUCUGUGACCUCCCUAUUAUGUUCUUAAACAUGCUCUCAUCCGGGAGCAGGAAUUUCUAAUUGAAUCUGAAGUUGUUAGAUAUUGGUAGUUUUUUGAAGAUUUAUAGAGUGAUUCCUUACAGAAUUCGUACGGAUCUUGCAGCAGUGUAGUUUAUUUAAAGAAAAGAAUACUUUAUCUCCUAAUAAAAAAUUAUUUGUCUUCACUAGUGUCUACGUCUGAGGUAUUGUCAUUAAGCUAUGGAUUUCUUUAAUCCUCUCUUUGCAGGAUAUAUUCUUUUACAAGUUCUAAUCCAAAAUGUGACCUGUGAAUGGAAUGCAUACAGCUCACAAGCAUUAACUGGAAUUCAAGGAUCAUGUGUUGUUAUACCAUGUACAUUUAAUUACCCUGGUCAGCAAAAGCAAUCCGAUGACAUUACUACAAUUUGGUUUAAAGAUGGGAUUAAUGUUGGAAACAAAAUUUAUGACAGCAGAAUGGAUAAUAAUUCAGAAGGCUAUAAGUACCUUCUCGUUGGAGAUGUCGGACAGAAGAAUUGCUCUUUCAAAAUUAAUAGACUCAAUUCCACAGAUAAAGGCAAUUAUUAUCUAAGGGUAGAAAUUAAAAAUCUUGAUAAAUAUACCUAUGCAAAUAACUUCACUACUAUUGCCAUCACUGAUAAACCAGAAGCUCCAAAAAUAAAUUUUGCAGAGGAAGUUAUUGAGAUGAAGAGAGUGAACGCUACCUGUACAAUUACUAAUACAUGCAGAGAUUCUCCUCCUAAAUUCAUAUGGAAUCGAUCAAAUGCUACAGACAUAACAGAGGCAACCUUUCAAAAUGAAAACAUGUCAGCAGUGUCCAUUCUUGAAUUCACUCCCUCCUCUAAAGAUAAUGGAAAAGUUCUAAAAUGUGAUGUUGAAUAUCCAAAUAUAAGAAGAUCAUCUACAAAUGUCACAUUAAAUGUUUUAUAUAAACCCAAAAUAAAUCAAAGUUAUGUAUGUACAGUUAAUCAGAUCAAGUUUACUUGCUAUUGUGAGAUUGAUUCCAAUCCAAUCCCUUCUGUAAUAUGGCAUCUUCCAAACAAGAACAUCAGUGAAAACAGCACAGAUGAUAAUUUUAAAUCUCAUUCUUUUGCAAAUGGAACCAUAAUCACAAGCAUCAUAGAAGGUCCUGCAGAGAAUAUCAAUAAUGUUACCUGUUCUGCUUACAACUGUCAGGGAUUUGCAGAACAAGUGUUUGCAAUUCAACAGCAGCUCUCAGAACAUACAAGUCUUCAGAUAAUCUGUAUAGCAUCCAGUGCUGCAGGCCUUCUUGUCAUUAUUGUGACCACAGCACUUAUAUAUAAACAAUGCCAUAAAAGAAGGAACAAGUCAGGUUCAACCCUUGGACAAGAGGUCAUGCACAACGAGGAUAUUCAGAACAUUGAUAAGAAAAUUCAAAACCCAUACUGUGAAAUUCAACAAAAAAGAGGAAAUGAUGGCAUUUACAGCAAUGAAUUGGACAAAGAACAUGAAGACAGCAACACUUAUACAAAUUAUGAUCCGUCCAGUAGAAACAGUUGCCUGUAUGCCAAUUUAGAGCAGGAGGACUCUGAUGCUGUUUAUGCAAAUACAUGAAGAAUUUUACUGAAGAGUGGAAGAAAACAUCUCAAAACUGAAAUACACUUGCUUUGUAAAAUUAGAAAUUAUAUUAUUCUUCUUUUCAAAAAUGUGCAUUUAAAAUACUGUUUAGCAAUAUAACAUGAGUGUUAUAAUGCAAAUUUUGGAUUGAUGUUAAGGAAACUCUGCUAGUGUUUGGGGGUAUCAUGGGGAAGUUGAUGUAACAGAUAAGGCAACAUCACUCAUCUUCCACACACUGAGCAAAGAAAAUCAGCAUAAUCCAGAAUAACAGGAGUAAGGCACACAAUUUUAUAUUCCUUUUUUUUGCAUUUAUUCUGAUGUAAUAGUGAUCUUAAGUCAACUAACCAAUAUAAUUUUGCAUAUCUUAAUGUUCAGAUUUAUCACACUGCUUACUAAAUGUACUUCAGUUGCCUGCAUUUGUCCUGCAUAAAAUCUUAUACCCAGUUCUACAUUUAAAGAGAAAAAGAAAAAGAAAAUAAAUAUAUAUAUAUUUGUGAUGUUA